AUGUCGUCGAUCAAGGAAAACGGUCUUUGGAGCGUCAUGGAGCGUUUCAAUCUGGUGCAGAACAUGCGCGCGGGCAACGACGCGGACUUUGCGUCUUGGUUGCUUCGGCUCGGCAACGGCCAACUGCCCGCGGUCGACGGCGUUCCGGACACCGUGCAAAUACCGCGGGAAAUGGUAUGCGACGUCGCUGAUUUAAUCGACUUCGUGUAUCCGCAGCAUAUGUCGUUGGCCAACGUCGAAGAAUUUGCUCGGAGAGUCAUCGUGUGUCCCACUAACGAAGAGUGCGGAGAUGUCAACGGGGACGUGCUGGAGCGCGUCGACGGUCGAGAGAUGACCUACACCAUGAUGGCGAACGAGGCCGAUGAAGUGGCCAAUUUCCCCACAGAGUUCCUCAACGCUUUGGUACCGGACGGCCUGCCGCCGUUCCGGCUAAAGUUGAAGGUGGGGUGCAUCGUGAUGUUGCUCAGAAAUCUCGAUCCGAGGAGACGACUGUGCAACGGUACGAGGUUGGUGGUCACCGAACUGCGGACUCACAAUUUCAAGGCGAAAAUUUUGGGAGGUGACCCACAGGACGAAGACAUCGUCCUGCCCAAGAUACUGCUCACGUCCAGCGCUGAGGACGACCUGCCCAUCCUACUGCGGCGCCUUCAAUUCCCGGUGCGGUUGUCGUUCGCCAUGACCAUCAACAAGUCGCAGGGUCAGACGUUCGACAGGGUAGGUUUGCUACUGACGUCGCCCCCGUUUACUCACGGGCAGCUGUACGUAGCGUUUUCGAGG